AUGGAUUCUGAUCAAGCGCAUGAAUAUGCAUACAACCCCGGCCUGUCCGUCUCGAGCUGGUUGCAAUCGACGUCGUUGGAUCAUGUCGCCGACGAAGGCCUGGGAGCGGAGCCCGAGAACUACUACGCGGCCUACACCUCGACCGACCACGACGCUCGCCCGCCCUCACCGCAACCAGGCCUAGAAAUGGCCACUACGCGCUCUCGCCCACCCACGACAAACGGCACGCGAACCACGCCCAAGGCGACACCGCGCUCGGUCUCUGGGCCUGCAUCGACAUCGCCCACCAGCACCCGCUCUCCUCCCCACGUCUCCAACAAGGUCAAGGCCCUUGCAGAGCGAUUCGAACGCUCGCCCGGUGGCAGCUCGCCCUCCAGCUCUCCCGCCAUGCGCUCCAGAUCGAGAGAUCCCACCCGGGCGGGGGCACACGAUCCCACCCGCCGGGUCAAUUUGUCUAUUUCCUCCACCGCCUCGGUUGCGCGUCCGAGCAAAGAAGCCUCUUAUGGACCCCACAAGUUCAACAACCUCAAACCACGAGACCGCCCACAGCCCGCGCCCGCCACUCCUCGCAACACUCGCCGCACGAAUGGCAGCCGGAGCAGCAUAGACCACCAUAUGUCGCCCACCAAAAAGAAAGUCACGUCGCCGAGUCGGACGUUUCUGAUACCCAUGUUCGAGAACAGUCACGGAGACGCCCCAUUACCGUCGACACCUCAUCAUGGUCGGUCAGCUAGUGCUGCGACUUCAGCUUUCGCCGACGAUGGACAGGCUGCACUACGCGCCCAAAACCACGACCACACAUCUGCACCCUCGUCCCACCGACACACCCCACGCUCGCGGAUUCCCGUAGCCACACGACGCCUGAGCGCAGGCUCCGACUCCAACUCGUCGACGCGGUCCGUCAAAUACACGCCAACACGCGCAAUGGAUCGAAGCAACAAGAACUCGCCCACCAGGAUGGACAGACCGUUCCUGGGUGGCGGCGCAACUCCUCUCUCGCGUGGCGCAGACCAAUCAACGCUCCCGGCGCUAGCUUACCGUGGAUAUCAUGAACGAGGGAAAUCACCCUUAGGAGCGAGACCUGGACCAAGCGUACCCGCUGUUGUAACCGCCCCACCUCCGCCCACGUCGCCCCGGUUGCGCAACUCGAGGGAAAGACAACCACUGCAGCCCUCACCAGGUUCUCGGUCCAGAAGCACCGGCCCUCAUGGUCAGCAGGAAUACUUUCCUCUUGCGAGUAGCUUCGACACGCAGCAGGCCCCGGUCCAGGCGCUGGAAGACAUGUCAGACCAACAGCGGCUGAGCCUGCAAACCUCUAGCUUAGCUCCACCGCCGUCCGGGGAACCCUCAUCGGCCAUUACACAGUUCGACGAGUCGCCAGUGCUUGGACUCCCGGGUAGCUUUGUUCUUACACCGCCGAUAGUACACCAGGACACCGAACAUCCCCUUUUACAACCGAACGUCUUCCACCCCCCUGAAAGAGACGCGCCUCGGUCACCUGAAAUUGACCAGUCGGAAAUCGAACAGUCAGAGUUGGGUGUACGAGAAUCAAUACCGAUCAUGCUUAGCGAUGAGCAGUCGCCACAGCCAUGGGAAUCUAACUCGAGAAGCUUUAACCAGGGUCUACAGGCCUUGUCACAUGAGUACAAGUCCGAUCAGACACAUGAUGCUAGAGAUACACCCGUAUCGCGCUACGACCUAAAUGAGCCCCUGCUAAAUUCGUAUCCCAAGCGGGACACACUAUACCCAGACGACUCUGCUAGCGUUGCUCCUUAUCGAACGCUAGGCUCUCUAAAUCUGAACACGGAGACCUACAGUGUUGUGAACUCCGUCUUGAACAUGUACCACCAGUCACCGGUCAUCUCUCCGGAGCUUGCUUCAGUAUCAAGAGACAGGAUACAGCAGGUAUCGCCUGUCAUUGCGCAACAUAAGGAUUGGGCAUCAAAAGAGGCCACUGAGUCAUACCUCACCCGUCUACUGAGUGAUGCCAAUGGCUCAACAAGCAAUGAUGUGAAGCGCGAGCCUAGUAGAACACCGCCACCAAUACCGCGCUCAGCUAUAAACGUGUUGCAAGAUUCACCUGAUAUCGACGUCGGAGGUACGGCAAUCAUCUAUCCUUCGUCCUCGCGGCGUUUCUCAAGAGAAUCUGGAGGUUCCACAACCACAACAAUCCAAGAAGAUGCAUCACACUCCGGUAGUUCGUCUGGUGACCCUGCCCUCGCACUAUCACGAAGCUCAACGGAUGAACACAAGCCAAGUUCGAUGAACGGCCUCGAAUUACCACAACUUGCGUGGACCAACGGCGGGCUUGGCCUCGACCUACACCACCACACUCUGUCGCACUCACCAGUACAACAAGCACCCCCGCGCCCCAAUUAUUCACCGCCGCCACCUCCAGUUCAACCGUCCAUGGACGAACGAGUAGCCCCACGCAGUAUCCCAUACGCUUCUACUCCCCAGAACCUUUUCCCACCUACACUCAGCGACGACCAGUUUGAGAUGCACCCUGCGCGAUCACGCACCCCCGUCAUUCAAGUUCACGAGCAAAGCCUUGAAGAUCGAUACGGCACGCCGCAACCCGUCGACACAUCUGUCCAGAUGCCAACUGAAAGUGAAGAGGGUCCAAACGGUCAACCUGAUCCCGCCAAACAAGCGCUGAUCAAGCGGUAUCGUACCUUGGAAGAACUACUUACAACUGAACAUCAGUUUUGUAUCGAUAUGAUGAUCGCCCACAACAUCUUCGAGGCGACUGCGCAGAAUCUGAUGAGCGAAAAGGAGAAGAGACUGUUGUUCAGCAAUUGCAAGGAGCUUGAAAAGUUCUCAUUAUCUCUGUUCCGAGCAUUCAAAAAAGCCGCGAAGCCUAUCGUCAACUACGAGAUACCACCCCCGACCGGCCCGUGGAACCGAGAUUCAUCCGAUAGCCAGGAACCGUCUUUGAGUGUGCGCAGACCGUCUGAGGAAUCUGCAAAUCAGUUCGAAAACUGCACACCGGAAAACGAUCGCUUGACAACAAUUGGACAAGUCUUCUUGGACAACAAAGAGAAGAUGGAACGACUCUACACAACAUAUUUCCUCAACCAGGAUAAUGCAAGUGCUUACAUUAAGAAGAACCAUGGUAACGAGACUCUGUCGGGGUGGGUGACCGCUUGCUUUGAGCAGGUGGAAAACAUGACCCAAGCAUGGGAUUUGGAUUCUUUGUUAUUAAAACCUUGCCAGCGGUUGCUUAAGUACCCACUGAUUCUCCAAUCUCUGGUAGAGAUUACUGACCCCGAACACCCGGAUCUGCCCAAGAUAAAGGAAGCCCACCUAGAACUGAGAGCAAUGAGUCAACGUAUCAACCAAGCCAAGGCACGUUCUGAUACCUUCCGCGCAGCUGCUUCCGAAGGCAAGAAGGAAAAGAAGGGUGGUCUGGGCAAGACGUUCGUCAAGGCCUUCAUCCCUAAGGUGGAUAAGAGCAAGGCAUAUGACGAGGCGGACAAGACCUUUAAAGACCAAGAUUACAAGUCGAAGGAGCAAAAAUUCGGCGGCCAUUUUUUCCAACUCCAGAUCGUCAUUCGCGACUUUGAACAGUACCUUGACGCGAUCACUGAGCAUUAUUUGCAGCUUAACAUUGUAUUUCUGGGGUUCAUUACCGUUUGCGAAGUUGCGCCAUCGGUAUAUCCAGAGAUUGAGAGCACAUGGCGAAAAUGGGCAAUGGCUCAUUUUGAGCUACAGAACAAGGCCCUGGAAGAGCACAAAGCUGCUGUCCGAAGCCGCGUGCUAAAGCCCGUUGGUGAUCUUUGGGAGAUGUGGGUGUCUUAUCAGAAGACUAUAGAGCAGCGCAAGAAGUACCUGCUGUACUACGUCAAACACAAGCAGGCUAUUGACCGCAGUGAAAAGGUAGAUCCGGAUCUGGAAGAGUCGGCCAACAAGUUCAUCACUAUCAACGACACACUCAAGCACGAGCUACCUCUGCUCUACGAACGAACGAAAGGCCUCAUGCGCACGCUUAUGACGCUAUUUAUGUGUCUCCAGAAGGACUGGUACAAGACCUGCUCAAAGAAGAUCCUGCCGCUACUAGAGAGUGAACCGCAACACACAACUUCGCUCCGUUACGAUCUCGAAUCGUACGUUGAGCGCUUCAGUUGUGACUAUAAGCCGAUGCAGGAUCUUGCCAGCAAGCUUGGAAUCAUCAAUCGGAACCUCCUCAUCGACAUCUCGAAUAUGACAUCCCCUGUCCCAACACUAUCGUCCGAUGGCGGCGGCUCGUCCCGGAACUCAUCGUCUCGCCGCACCGAAUCAGUGGGCAGUGAAGCGUCAAUUAUGGACUCACGUAAUCGUAACAGCGGUGGUUAUGCUCCACGGUCACAUCCCCGAAGCAUUGAUAAUCCGCCCCGCUCGACCCCCACAGGGCCUGCUUAUCCAACUCUCUACCCGCCCAACGCAGCAGGUCGCACAGGUCCAGGACCCACGUCACUACGUGAAGCACGAGCGCUUAGUCCUUCGUCCGAUAAUAGCGAAGCCACCAUCAUGCACAGGGAACGACGCAAUACCGGUCCUUCUCGUAGUAAUCACAACUACAUGGGUCUUGACGGCAGUGUCGACAUUGAACACUCACCAUCCGCAGCUAACGCCUUUGAUUUCCCUCCUCAAUUAGGUCCUUCCUUUCUCCAGCCUAUGCAACCCCUCAGCCACGCCACUUCUGCGCCUCAGUCUCAGCCGGCCUCCUUGCCUGGCUCUGCACGCGCAUCUGGUGUCUUCAAUUCGGCGUUACCAAUGUCAGAUUCGCCUCUCCGUGGCAGCGUGGAAGACCUACCCAGCACGCCUGCUGAGACUGAUGAGCCAGAAGUUCUUUUCUUGGCUGCCAGUCUCUUCGAAUUCAACAUUGCGCACGAUCGUCGUGAAGGCGGUAUACCGUAUCUGGUUUACGUUCCUGGAGAAAUCUUCGACGUCAUUGGUAUGAAGGGAGAGCUCUGGCUUGCUCGCAACCAAGACGACGGUACAAAGACCGUGGGGUGGAUUUGGGAAAAACAUUUUGCUCGCAUAUUGCCGGAAGAUGCAUAG